AUGAUGAGACAAAACAUCAUCCGGAUAGCAAUACGAAGACAUUUAAGCACGUAUCAACCACCGGUGGCGGAAAUCACGAAUAUCGAUAAGUUAUGGUUCACUUUGCGACCCGAAGUUAGAGAUGAAAUCAAAGAAUACUUACGAUGGAGAACAGAAGAAGAUUGGAGGCAUAUACCACUAGAAGAGAUCAAAGCUGCAUAUUUUCUGUCUUAUGGCCCCUGUGGCAGUCGGUCCAAAGGCAACCAAUGGAAUGUAGGGUACACAGGAAUGCGGAUGGUUUUCAAUCUUGUGUUGUUUGGCGGUGCAGCGACUGCAUUUUAUAAUCGGAAACAAGAUAAGAAGCUGGAAGAACAACUAACGUCACUAGUGUAA